AUGGAGAUUUAUCUUAGUGGUCACCCUAAAUUCUGUUUAACGGGGUUCUAUGGGGAGCCAAACCGUAGCCUGAGAGAAAAUUCUUGGAGGAAGCUUAGGCAGCUUGCGAGUGCUUCUUCGUUACCUUGGUGUUUGGUGGGAGAUCUAAAUAAUGUUAUGUCUAAUAAAGAUAAGAGGGGUGGGAGACCGUAUCCUUCUUGGUUAAUUAACGGUUUUCAGGAGGCGAUUUCAGAUUGUAAUUUGAUUGAUAUGGACCUAGUUGGUCAUCAGUUUACUUGGGAGCGAGGUCGUGGGACAAAUAAUUGGGUGGAGCUAUAUAAUCUUGGUCCUUCUGCUUCAGAUCAUGCCCCGUUAUGGUUGAAUCUGGAUCUAAGAAAGCGAACAACUUUUACAUACCGUUUUCGUUUUGAAAACGCUUGGACUAGAGAUCCUCUUUGUAGGCAGAUAGUGCAGGACAGUACUUCUUUGGCGGAAUGGGGUCGUAACAUUAUUGGAAGAUUCAAACAUCGAAUAGCUCGGUUGAAAACUAUCUUGCAGUGGACACAAGGGAGGCGUGAUAGGUACUCACUUCAGAAAUAUAAGGAGACUCAGGCUUUAUUGUUCGAGGUUCUUUCUCAACAUGAGGUCUUUUGGCGUCAAAGAUCUAAACAGUUAUGGCUUCAGGUUGGUGACCUCAACACUACAUUCUUUCAUGCUUCGGCAAAUAAAAGGAGAAGGAGGAAUCAGAUAGUUGCACUUAAGGAUGAUGAGGGUGUGUUACGAGAUUGGGAUAACGGAUUGGGCACGGUUAUGGUAGAUUAUUUCAAGCAUCUUUUUUCAGCAUCUAGCACAGACUGGCAUAGUGUGACGGAGUGUAUAUCGGCAUCAAUUUCAGAGGAUGUGAAUAUGGAUCUAGUGAGGCCCAUUGAAUCUGAAGAAGUAAGGCAGGCCUUGUUUCAGAUGCACCCAGAUAAAUCGCCGGGGCCGGAUGGUUUCUCGCCAGGUUUCUACCAAAAGUUUUGGGAUAUUGUGGGUGAGGACAUUAUUAGCAUGGUUCAAGAAUUUUUCACUACUAGUACCUUUUUGAAUCAUCUUUUAGAAACCAAUAUUGUUUUGAUUCCUAAGAAGUCAGACCCGGAGUCGAUGGGAGAUUUAAGACCGAUUGCUCUUUGUAAUGUGGUCUAUAAAGUGGUUUCGAAGGUGAUGACGAAUAGAAUGAAGUCAGUGCUUAAGAUGGUGAUUUCAGAAACUCAGAGUGCCUUUGUGCCAGGGAGAUUGAUCACCGACAAUAUUAUGGUGGCUUUUGAGGUAAUGCACUAUCUUAAGAGAAAAGGGUCGGGGAAGGAUGGGUUUAUGGCUUUAAAGCUCGAUAUGAGUAAAGCUUACGACACGAUUGAAUGGGGGUUCCUUGAAGCUAUGAUGAAAAAGAUGGGCUUUGGGGAUCAUUGGGUGUCGUUGGUCAUGAAAUGUGUUAGCUCGGUCUCAUAUAAGAUUGCUAUUGAGGGUCAGGAGUUGGGGCCUAUUGUCCCAACUAGAGGGUUGAGACAAGGAGACCCGCUUUCACCGUAUCUUUUUAUUUUUUGUGCAGAAGGCUUUUUUGCGUUGAUUUCUAAAUUUGUUGGCGAAGGUAGGCUCACAGGGUGUAAGGUGGCAAGAGCAGCUCCUGUGAUAUCGCAUAUGUUGUUCGCUGAUGACAGCUAUUUGUUCUGUAAAGCAUCAAUGGAGGAGGCAGUUCAUGUGAAAGAAUUACUCCACUCUUAUCAGGUGGCCUCAGGACAACAAAUUAACUUAGCCAAAUCAUCGGUGUUUUUUAGCACGAAUACCAGGAUUGAGACGCGCCAAGACAUUUGUACAGAGCUCCAUAUUCCUGAGGCAGGCCCAUAUAGCAUGUAUUUGGGGCUGCCAAAUACUCUGGGAAGGAAUAAAUCUGUGUUGUUGGGCUAUAUUAAGGACAAAAUGAGGAAAAGAAUUGAGCAGUGGGAGGGGCGCUUAUUAUCCAAGGCUGGGAAGGAGGUUUUGAUUAAAACUGUUGCUCAAGCGUUGCCCUCUUAUGCCAUGAAUGUUUUCUUGCUCCCUCUAGGCUUAUGUAAAGAGAUGGAGAUGCUUAUGAGUCGGUACUGGUGGCGUUCUUCCUCAAGCAAUGGUAGAGGAAUUCACUGGCGGAAAUGGGAUUCAUUAACAGUGCACAAGGUUAAGGGAGGUAUGGGUUUUAGAGAUCUUCAUGAUUUUAAUAGAUCUCUCUUAUGUAAACAGGGAUGGCGUUUACUCACUAAUCCAAAUUCGUUAGUGAGUCGCACUUUCAAAGCUCGUUAUUACCGAAAUGGGAAUUACUUAAGUGCUGAACUUGGGUCUAAUCCAAGUUAUAUUUGGAGGAGUAUAUGGGAAGUGAAGGAUUUAGUUACUUCGGUACACCCUGCUUUGAUUGGAGCAAAAGUCUCUUCUUUGCUGCUUGUGGAUAGCCGCGAAUGGGAUGUGGAUUUGCUUAAGGACCUGUUCAAUGACCGAGAUUUGAGAUGCAUUCUUAGCAUUCCUUUAAGCAAUAAUCGUCCUAUGGAUAGCUGGUUUUGGUCCUUGGAGCCUUUUGGGUUUUUCACUGUAAAAAGUUGCUACAAGUUCUUACAGGUGCUCAAAAAUGGUGAAGCUACAGAUCUGGAAAUGACGUUUUGGAAGGGCUUGUGGAAGGUUAGGGUUCCCCCUAAGGUGAAGGAUCUUGUUUGGAGGGCUUCUACGGGUUGUUUACCCACCAAUUCGCAACUUCAUUCAAGAUACGUGGGUGUCGAUCCUUUGUGCCCUUUAUGCCAAUCUGACAGGGAGACUAUCACGCAUGCCUUGGUGGGUUGUAGUCGGGUCUGGCAGUGCUGGGUAAGUCUGGGAUUUCGGCUGGUGCGUCCUGCCUCUGAAACUUUUACAUCUUGGUUGAAGAUUAGUGUAGCUGGGUUAAAUGAUGAUCAGAGAGCUCAAGCAUUUAUGCUCUGUUGGGCGGUUUGGAGAAGGAGGAAUGAUUAUGUGUGGCGAAAUCGAAGAGGCACAAAUCAUGGUGUGUUUCUCACGGCUGAUUCGUCCUUGCUAGCCUGGGUUCAAGCCCAAGAUCGUGAAAUUGCACCUCUGCCCAACUUUUUAUCUCCUGCUGACGGCCGAUUGUCGUGGGUCAAACCACCUCUUGGUGCGCUAAAGAUUAACGUAGAUGCAGCAAUCUUCUCUGCGGCGGCCACUUAUAGUUUUGCAGGCAUUGUUCGUGAUCAUGAGGGAGCUUUUGUGGAGGCCUUCUCUGUGUGCCGCGCUGGGGUUGUUUCUCCGGAAUUGGGUGAGGCGUUGGGUGUACGGGAGGCUUUGAGUUGGAUAAAGAAAAGGUCUUGGCAGCAAGUGGAGAUCGAAACUGACAGCUUGCUGGUUGUUCAAGCGUUAAGGAGUUCUACUUCGAUGGCCUCUUACUUUGGGGUCGUUACAGAUGAAUGCAAAGCCCUUUGGAAGGAAUUGGUUUCUGUUUCAAUUUAUUUUGUUAAGCGUUCUACAAAUGAAGCUGCCCAUGCUUUGGCAAAAGCUUCUUCUACAUUGGCGGCUGAGCGUAUGUUAUCGAAGGAGAAUAUCUCCUCUAUUGUGUUGGAUGUAUUAUUGAAAGAUUGUUGCUAA